AUGAAUCUGAAAUGCUGCCCCCCAAUGUUUAGUCCUGACUCUGGGACCAGCAGGAGGCCAGUCCCUGUGCUCCUCAGAGUCCCAGCAGGAGGCCAGUCCCUGUGCUCCUCAGAGUCCCAGCAGGAGGCCAGUCCCUGUGCUCCUCAGAGUCCCAGCAGGAGGCCAGUCCCUGUGCUCCUCAGAGUCCCAGCAGGAGACCAGUCCCUGUGCUCCUCAGAGUCCCAGCAGGAGGCCAGUCCCUGUGCUCCUCAGAGUCCCAGCAGGAGGCCAGUCCCUGUGCUCCUCAGAGUCCCAGCAGGAGACCAGUCCCUGUGCUCCUCAGAGUCCCAGCAGGAGUCCAGUCCCUGUGCUCCUCAGAGUCCCAGCAGGAGAGGCCAGUCCCUGUGCUCCUCAGAGUCCCAGCAGGAGUCCAGUCCCUGUGCUCCUCAGUGUUCGAGUUGGUACAAAUGGCACUAA